AACACUCUUUAUUCAAAGAAAGAGUUGUGGAAUCUUCGCAACAGUUUUCUGUUGGAUGGGAAGACCCAACUGAACAACAAGAAAAAGCAAGAGUAAUUUAACCAUUUUUCUUGAAAUAUAUCAAGUAAAAAUUAAUGUUUAUGUAUUUAUUUCCUAAAUUUCAGUUAAAAAGACUGUCUGAGUGCAAUAAAAAGUUCAUAUUAACCAGUGUGAAUUCUCAUGUAAUUAAAUCUUUUAUUUAAUACCUAGUCCUUAUUUCCAAAUUCAAUUUUAUAAUCUUAUUUGUAAAUAUUGAUUUGUUUCAAAAGGAACGUCAAAGGUAUGAGGAUGCUAUUGAAAAACUUGGUGCUCAAGUAUUACGAAGUAGUAUGUUUUCAAAAGAUGUCACUCACAUACUCACGCAUCUACCCAAUAAAAGUGAAAAAUAUUUAUGUUCACUUGCCGCUGGAAAAUGGAUUUUACAUCCAAGCUACAUUGAUGCGUGCUUAGAAGAAAAUUGUUUUUUGCCGGUUAAUAAAAUUACUAAAUUAUAAAUUUACAAAAUUUGUAUAACCUAUAAAAAUAUCUAAAUAUUUUUUUUUAUAAUAUGUUCAUAUUUAAAAAUUGAAAUUUCUUAAAUGUAUUGUAUGCCCUGGUUUUAAGUUUUUUUGUUACAUAUUUUGUUGCAGGAAGACAAAUAUGAAUGGGGUAAUCCUAAGAGUAAUUUAUGUUUGCCAACACCGUUGCAUGGAGCAGGCUAUCGUUGGCGUUCAAAAAUUAGUUCGGGCCAUUAUACAGCAUUCAGUGGUAUGAAAGCUGUACUAAUGACUUCUGAAAUUAGAUACCAAGCUUUGAAACGUCUUAUAGAAGCAGGUGGUGGGGUUAUAUUAGAUACAAAGUAAACAUAUUUUAUUUGGUAAUUAAUUAUUUGUUUUAUGCUAACUUUUUUUCUUUCUAUUCAGAGAAAUAUUGAAUUCUACUCAUUGCAUUGUUGAUCAAGGCCAUGUACAAAUUCCCUGUCCUUUAAAUGAACUCGCCAGCAAGGGGAUAUUAUUAUUGCCUGCUCCAUAUCUUGCUGAUUUCCUUAUCAAAGACCCACCUCCAGAUUCAAAACAAUGUUUAAUACCCGAGUAUAUACCAUUCUAUAAUAGGUUAGCUCCUAACCUAUUAGGUUAGAGAAGUUAUUCACAGUUACCACAGAAGGUGUAGAAUAAUACAAUAUAUCAAUAUUUAUCAAUAGGAGCUCCUAUUAAGUAGCAUUUAAAUAAAUAAAAUAAAUAAUAAACAAUAUAUAUUAUAUAUUGUAUUAUUCUUUAUCAUGCAAUCUUUUUUUUUUAUUUAUUAACAUAAUAACUUGCCAUUUUGUUCUAUUUUAAUUUGUAGUUACUAAUUGAAUUAUAAUAAUUAUAUUAUCCAUUAAUUUUAUAAAUAUACAAUCAGUUUAUUUUAAUUUGGUCUAUGAAAUUAUUUUUGUAUUAUUUUUUAAAAAAAAAAAUUAAAUUUUCAAUUUGUGUAUAUAAAAAAAUGCAAUAAGUAAAUGAUAAAAUGUACAAUGGCGUAGUGGAAGAUGGCAUCCAUUGAUACUACUUUAACAGUUAUAAUUUGGCUGAUUAAACAAGUAGAUCACAUUACCAAUUUGAUAAUAUUACGUUAGUUAUGGUGAAUUGUUAGGCAUUUUUUUUUCGUGUCAUUCAACCAAAAUAAUAAACUAACUAAUACAAACAAAUGGUGAUAAGUUAUAAAUACAUAAUUAAAAUAAAUAAAUAACCUAAUAAAAUUUGAAAAGGAAAAAUCUUUUUUGAUAACAUAAUUGUCAACAUUUUGUUAGGCAUGUUGGUUAUUUUAGAUUAUAAGUGCUUUUUAAUUUCUAGAAAAUAAGUGUAAAAACAGCUAAUAUUCAAUAAACUGUUGUUGUGAUAAGGAAAUUGUGAUUAUUAUUGAAUAUUAAUUAUUUUCACACUUUUUUUCUAGAAAUUGAAAUGGCUAUUACUAAGAAACUAUUCAUCGGAUAUGAAUGUGUGAUACAUUAA